UUGGCGGAGCUCCUCGCCCACCCUGGGCCCGGGCUGACAGACGCCACUACCGACCGCACUGGCCGCGCGAACCAGCCACCUCCACCCGACAGUUCCGCCGCUCGGACCCCGGCGCUGACGUCACGGGAGGGCGGGAAUUGGUCGACGUCACGGCAGGCGAGCGCAAGCCGAGCGGUCGGCCGGUCCGUGUGGGCAAUGGAGGCAAACGUCUCUGGCGAUCCCUGGCCAAUUCCUGAUCCUUUAACAAGUAAUGCUUUCAAGGAAGAGAACAACCAAACCAAGAUAAAUACUGGGCAUCCAGAGAACAUCGCAUUUGUUUUGGUACCUGUUUUCUUUCUUACGGGUCUGUUAGGGCUCUUAAUUUGCCAAAUUCUAGCUAAGAAAGGCUAUCGAUGCACAACGGAUAGUGAAUCGGUGUGUGAAGAGAAUGUUCCUGAGGCAGAGAUAGAUUUGCAUGAUGCCAGUGAAUGCAAUGCUGAUACCGUUGGACAAAUGGUGCAUUAUAUUAUGAAAAAUCCUGCCAAUGCUGAGGCAUUACAAGCUAUGUUGGACAGUAAUAUACAAAGUCCUUCAAGUCCCGAUGGUCCUCCUAGUCCAGUUACUCCUGAAAGUCCUGUAUCACCAACUGGAAGCACUGCAGAGAACAAUUUUCAGGGACAUCAUCUGCAUACAGUUAGUGGAGCAGCGGGGAGAAGCUCUUGUUCAGGCUGUACCCGUCGGAAGUCAAAGAGUACUAGAGAAUUCAGGAAGAGUCGUCCUGGAGAGGUGACAGUAUUAUCCGUGGGAAGAUUUCGAGUUACACAUGUUGAUCCAAAAACACGCUCCAGCAAACAAAAAGGGUUGCUUCUUUCGCCUUCAGAAGAUGCUAACACUGAGGACAACAUUACCCAUGUAGGUGUCCAAGAUGUUCCAAAUUCACCAGGGAAACUAGAUAAAAAAGAGGAAGCGGAAGCUGAAGCUAUGCCGUAGAUGGUGUUAAUCAGUCAAAAUCACUUCAGCCAAGGGCAGACGAGAGAAGUGUUGCACAUUUCUGAAUGAAAACCAAAGUAUGAAACUGACUUUUGCAUCAAACUGUGUACCUGUGGUAGUUUAGAAUGUUCCCAAUGUUUUUACGAUGUGUUGUGUGAUUAUCUACAUGACAAAUCUACGAUGACCAAAACAUGUAAUUUAAUUUUGUUCUUUGUAUUACAUGUCCUAUGUAUAGAUUGUCAAUAUAAUUGCUAGAAACCUUUAGUGAUAAUUUUGAAAUCCUUUAUGUUAUGCUUCAUAUAAUCUCCUUUCCUAAAACCUGCUAAACCUGUUUAUUUUUUUAAAUGUCUCACAAGUUUAAAAACCAAAAGUAACCAAAAAAUCUGUGCAGAUAGAAGUUUUUAAAAUGUUUUUUUAUUCAAGUAAACCAAUAUGUCUGUACAUCUGAUGAAUGACAUGGAUUACCAUCUUGGGAAGUGAGGAGUUUUAUAAUGGAAGGUUCGUUAUUAAUAUUUUCUUGGCAUUCAGAACGUCCUUCUCUACCCCCCGCCCCUGUAUUUAAACCAUUUCUGAACAUGUAAAAUUAGCAACAUUAAAUCAAACUUAAUUAUGUGUUGUAAUAGAAUACAUCCAUAAAUGAAUGACCAAUUCUAGGAAAUUUUUAAUCUUGAAGUUUAAUAUAAUAGGAAUGUGGAAAUGGUGCCCACCAUCAACCCUUUCUUUUUCUUUUGCAAUGCAUAGUAUAAUUUGCAGAGCGAUAAGAAGUAUCUUCAAUCGUUUUAAAUUGAGGGGAACAGUUACUUAAAAUUUGUGGCUUAUCCAAUGAAAAACUGUGCCUUGAAGAAAAUUCUCUAUUUCCAUGGUUUGAGAAUAGGAUAGAUAAAAAUACUUUUUAUAUUAUAGUUAAGAAAUAGCAUUUCUAUUUGCAGUAUAAGUAGGUCCAGUAUAAAGUUUGUGUAUCCCACAGAGCUUUGGUUUGCUCUUUAAGUUAGAUAAUUUUACCUUGAGGUACUGCAGUUGACUGUUGUGCAACAGAAAGGAAAAAAAAGUCAACGAGAUUAUUAUUUGUUAUUUGCUUCAAAAUUUUCUGCAUUUACAGCCAUUUGACUUAAGUUCUGAAUGAGAACAUUGGAAUUGUCUCUGUUGCCCUCUGUGUUCCAGAAACAUGAACCGUGUUCGUACAUCUUGAAAAAGUACUUAAUUAAGCUACUGAAGAGCAUAACAAUCUCAUGAACUUUCAAGAAGGAUUUCAGCAAAUUCCAGUAAUUUCGGUGGCAUGGUAGUGGGAAGGGAAUUUAAAUGAAAUGUAAAGUCUUCCAGUACAUGUGAUAUACUUAAAAAAGAUGUGAAUCUAUAGGUAUUUAUGCAUUACUGCUCGAAUAUGUUAAUACUUAGUAUUUUGGCUUGUUCAUUUGAAAAUAAGUACAGAUGCUUGAUUUAUAUUUUUAAUAUUUCUAUGCAGAGAUUUCUUUCAUAUCUUUUCAAAUAAUGUUAUAAAACAAUAAGUGGGUCUGCAGAACUCUAAAGGUAUACCUUUUAGAAUCCAAUAAUUAGAUGAAGUUAAGGGAAGAUGUGUAUUCUUGUGCUGAAAUGUUAAACGUAAUUGUUUCAUAAGUACCCUUGUGUGAAGAUGACUACAAAAUGAAAUGUGUGUAGUAAAUAGGCAACAAAAUGGAUGAGAAAUCAAUGUGAAUAGAUGAAAACAUUGUUUUCUUAGCUUAAAGUAAAAUUGGCCUGUUAAUUUAUGUAUAGCUAACCACUGCAAAAUGCUAAUAGAGCCUAAUAUUUGUAAAUGCAGUGCCUACUUUGCAAAAAAAAAGUUCUCAAAAAAAAUCUUGGAUAUUAAAAAAAUACUGUAAUUAUUUGCAGUUCUAUGCAAUUGGGGUGCCAUGGAAGUGUAGUGGUUAGUGCGAUGCUCAAGGUGUCGGAAUUCAAUUCUAACAUCCUCUGUAAGAAAGUUUGUAUGUCUUUCCUGUGAUGUAGGUUUACUCCUGAUGCUCCAGUUUCCUUCCACAGUACAAAGAUGUACCACUUAGUAGGAUACACUGGACAAGAAAUUUUUUCUUUUUCAAUAUUUUUAUUAGUUUCUAAGUAGAAGAAUACAGAGUACAAGGAAGUGUAUUUAAAAUGUCAAAAAAGACUUUAAAAAACUAUCAAUUACAUUAUAUCUGUUCAUAAUAACAAUCUCAUUACCCCGUAUUCAUAUGUUAAUCAAUAUUGAACUAUACUAACUUAUUACAAAAAAAAAAAUCUAAUCCCUACCAAGACGUAAGCUCUUCAUUAAGGAGAAAAUAAGGUAAAAUACCUUCUCAUAUAAUAAAAUUUAAUAAUAGCCAACAUAUGAGUUUAACCAACAAAGGUUUUGAAAAUAAUUCAGAACAGGUCCCCACAAUGGUUGAAAGUCUUGACGAGAUUCAGAAAUUGAACAACGAAUCUUCUCUAAAUCUAAACAUGACAACGUUGCAUUACCAUUGAGCAUGAGUAGGAGGAAAAACAUCUUUCCAUUUAACCAGCGUAAAGCGAGAUUUUGUGAGUAAUACCUCUCCAUAAAAUACCACAGAUAUCAUUAGAUUCUGGAAAAGCAAUGGCAAGAGGUUCUAAAGCUAGAUCAAAGAGCAAAGGGCUCAACAGACAGCCUUGUCUAGUUCCGCGAUGAAGUUUAAAUGGUUUGGAGUUUUGAAAAUUAGUAACAACCCAGGCAGAAGGAGAUAGAUAAAGUAAUUUAAUCCAUUGAAUAAAAUCUGGUCCAAAAUUAAAUUUUUCUAAGGUUUUAAAUAAAUAAUUCCAUUCAACCCGAUCGAAGGCAUUCUCAGCACCUAAGGAUAUCACACAUUCUGAUAUCUCCUGGGAGGGAGAGUAAAUAACAUUUAAUACACGGCGUAUAUUAAAAUGGAAAUGUCAGUUUUUAAUAAAUCCAGUCUGAUCAUCAGAAGUAAUAGAAGGUAGAAUAUUUUCAAUCCUACGAGCCAGAACUUUAGAGAGAAUUUUAGUAUCACCAUUGAGUAAUGAAAUUGGCCUAUAUGAAGAGCAUUCAGUUGGGUCCUUGUUCUUCUUUAGGAUAAGCGAAAUAGAGGCUUCAUAGAAAGAUUGAGACAAGCUGCCCAAUUUGGAAGAAUCCAGAAAGACUUAAGUGUAACUGCAGUAUAAUUAAUGAAGAAAAAGCCUUAUAAAAUUCUCCAGAAAAUCCAUCGGACCCGGGGCCUUCCCUGAGUGUAAUGAACGUAUAGCCUCAGCAAUUUCCUCAUGAGAAAUGGGUUGAUCUAUCUGUUUACAAUUAUCUGCAGAAUGUGCAGGGAUAUUUAAUUGAUCUAGAAAAUUAUUCAUUACAAUAUUAUCUUUAGGGGAAUCAGAACUAUAAAGAUUAGAAUUCUCUAAAUGUGUCAUUUAUUUCAGAGUGCUCAGUUGUCCUAUCAACAUUAGUUUUGUAAAUUUCUUUAAUUUGUUGUUUACCUGCGGAAGUUUUUAAUUGGUUGGCCAAUACUUUGCCUGAUUUAUCUCCGUGAAUGUAAAAUUGAGUUUUAUAUUUAAGAAGUUGAGUUUCAAUUGGAUAUGUUAACAAAAGAUUAUAUUUAGUUUUAAUUUCAACAAAUCUUUUAUUUAAAACAGGAUCUGGAGCUAUAGCAUAUUUUUGAUCUAAUUGUUUCAAUUGAUUGGCUAAUUCAAUUCUUUCUUUCUUAGCUUUAUUCUUAACACUUGCAGUAUAAGAAAUAAUUUGUCCUCUAAUAUAGGCCUUGAAAGUAUCCCAUAGAAUAAGAUUAGAAGUCUCUUCCUUUUUAUUCUCUUCAAAAAACAAAAUAAUAUGCCUCUCUAGAAAUUUUAAAAAUUCCAUAUCAGAUAACAAGAGCAUGAUCUGAAACAGCAAUCUCUUUAUAUUCAUAGGAACGAACUGAUGAAAUUAUUUGACUAUCAAUAAAACAAAUAAUCAAUCCUGGAAUACGUAUGAUGAACAUGGGGGAAAAUGAGUACCCUCUAUCUAAAGGAUCUAAGAAAUGCCAAAUAUCAACAAUACCACAUUUCAAUAAAAAAAGAUUGAAUAAACAAAGCUGAUUUAUUAAGAGCCACUGGUUUAGAAGAUGUUCGGUCUAAAAUUGGGUCUAGCUAGCAGUUAAAAGCUCCUCCCAUCCUAAAAGAAUAAAGACUCAGAUCUGCUAAAAGCAGAAAAAAAUGCUCAAAGAAUCCUGGAUCAUCUACAUUUGGGGCAUACAUAUUGGCAAAUACUAUUAAUUUAUUAUCUACUUUUCUUGAAACUAUAAUGAAAUGUCCAUUAGUAUCAGACACAAUGUUGGACAGUGUAUUAUCUAUAAGAAUCAAAACUCCUCUAGAUUUGGCCUGAAAAGACGAAUGAAAACGAAGUCCAUUCCAAUGGCUAAAAUUGUAGAUGAUCACAUUUGUGUAUGUGAGUUUCUUGUAAAAAAAAAGGGACCUUAAUAUAAGCAAAAAUCUUAUUACGUUUAACAGGGUGAUUUAACCCUUUCAUGUUAAAUCUGAGUAAGUUAAUAGUUUGGUCCAUUUUUAGUAUUAUUUAAAGGGUUAAAAUGUAAGUUAAAACCCAUCCAUAAACCUUGAGAAAUGGUAACCAAGCAACAAGUUGGCUGAAAAAAUUUGAAAACUGCUUCUGAGAGGGAAAAAAACACCCCCAACCACCUCCCAAAGAAGGAAAACAGACCAAUAGAAAGCUGGCAUCUACAACUACAAGCAACCACCAAAAAAAUCUGGUCAUUGCUCCAGUUAAUUUCAAGGUUGUUUAUAUUCCAACCUAGUCUAAACAAUAUCCAGACUAGAAAUCCAAUUCUCGUAUAUCAAAAAUACAGUAUUAAAAAAUACAAAAGGAAAUUAGUUACAAAGGUUUACCAAAAGUAAAAGAUACCAUUAUUCAUAGAGAAAGACAUUAAGCAUUUAAUCUUAUAUCUUCAUGACAAAACAGGCUAAGCAGUUAGCUUUCAAAUUUUAAAAAAUCUUCAUGCUUCAGCAUUCAAACAAAACCAUUCGAAGGGUCCAUCUUUAAUGAGAUUCUCAGUCAAACUGGGUAGUCAAGGGACAUGUUAAACCCUUGUUAAAAAAUUUGAACAAUGCUUGUUUAAACUUAACACAUUCCUGCAUAACCUCAAGCGAAUAGUCUUUGAGAAUCUAAUUUUCCACCCUAUAAUGAAUCAUGCCCCUUUGACAGGAUUUGUGAAUUAAAAGUUUCUCAUUUACUCUUGUGUCUUCAUGUCAGAACAAACUAAACAGCUAGCCUUCGAAUUUUAAAAACCUUUGUGCUUCAGCAGUUGAACGAAACCAUUCAAAAGAACAGUUUCUAAGUGUGAUUCUGAGACAACCUGGAUAGCGAAGGGAGGUUUAAACCCUUGUUAAAAAAAUUCGGACAAAUUUCUUUGAACUUAGCACGUUCCUGUAUAACCUCAGGCGAGUAAUCUUCAACAGUUCCAAUCUUGCCGCCACAAUAAUCAUGCCUCUUCGAUGAGAUUCACAUAUUAACAGUUCCUUUGUUAUAAAUUCAUGAAAACAAAUUAUUACUGAUCUUGGACUAUGUCUGUUAGGAAGUCUAAACAUGGGAGACGUGUGAGCUCGAUCAAUCAUAGGCAAAGAUGCCAAGAUUUCCAGAAAUAAUUCUUGCAGAAAGUUUGCAAAGAAUUCCAUAGGAUGAUUACCUUUGAUUAAUUCUUCGAGACCCAGAACCUGUAGGUUAUUCCUUCUACUUCUAUUUUCUAUGUUGAUAAUCUGUCUUAACUUUUUGUUGGACUGAAAUUGCUUUUCACAAAGCUUUCGCAGUUCAUCCACUUCCGUUUCCAGAGACGACAACAUUGCUUCAUUAGUUUUUAUACCUUUAUCAUGUUCAUUAAGAGUUUGCUGAAUAGAAUCCAAUUUACCAUCUAUUUGUUUAAAUUCAGAGCUGAAUUGUUGAAACUUCGCAGAGGUUUCUCGUGUAUGACUUUGCAGCAAAUACAUAAUAGAAUCCAAAGAAACAGGGGGAUCAUCUUUUUUAGUACCUCUGCCACACCUUGAUGUAGCCAUAAUGAAAACAUACUUAAAAAGGAAGUUUCAAGACAGAUUGGAAAUAGUAAGAUAAUUAGAAUUGGAGCAACAGGAGAUUGCUGCUACUCCAUCAGCCACCACCAGGAAAUCUCCCAAAUUUUUUCAAAAGUGUUGCUUCCUCUGAAAUUUUUUUUUGUGUUUAUGAAAAGCUGCUUGAGGAUGACCACAAAUAUAAUUUUGGAAUACUUGUAUCAUGUAGGAAUUUGGAGAAACAACCAAUUAACUUUUUUCGAAUACAACGUGUUUAAUUGCAUGAUGGUGCUGAUGUUUUGCAAUAGUUCAACUAAGUUAAAAAUAUUUUGUUAAUGAUUUUCAUUUGUACUCAGUUUCUGAAGUUUCUUGCUUAAGUGUCCAACAAUAACUCACCAGCAUUGAUGGAAUCCAGUUGCCUUGGUAUCUUUUCUCCAUGACCGCAAUAUCCUGGUGGAACCUUUCACCAUGCUCAUCACUAACAAACGCCAAGAUUUGCAGGGAAGAAGUCUAAAUGGGAAUGCAGAAAAUGAAUCUUUAGUGACAUGUUGCAUUUCAUGGUUUUAUAUGUUUGAAGUAUGCUUUCAACCAGUUGCAUGUAGUUUGGUGCUCCAUAGAUGCCGAGAAAAAUUUCAACAACUUCUUUGAAUGCCUUCCAUGUGAUUUUCUUUGGUCCCACUAGAAAUUCUUCAAAUUUUCUGUCAUUGAUGACCUGUUUGAUUUGUGGACCAACAAAAAUGCUUUCCUUAAUCUUGGCAUCAGUUACUCUGGGAAGCUUCGUGUCAAAUAUCAAAAUCCUUCAUAGAAAUUUUUGUGCCUGGUGAUAGCAAAUUCCAUCUUUACAGUCCUGAACCCAAUAGUUAUUACUAAAACCUGUCCUGCCAUGCAGCAGCCAUGCCGCCUAAGUAUGCCCAAGCAUGCCUGGACAAGCUAGGAAACUUUACAGCUUACAUUGUAGGCAACAUUUUAAUUGACUUGAAUUAUGAAUUGAAAAAAUAAACAUAAGUUUAAUUUAAAAAAUGGUGAUUUUCAUGAUCAUUAGCCCUAAAUUCAUAUGACACACCUAAAGGUAUUCAGGAAGCAAAAUCUUUGUUGUCCAGUGUAAUUGGUCAUUGCAUAUUGUACCAUGAUAAGACCAGGGUUAAAUCUGGGUGGACUGGUGUAACCUGUUCCAUGCUGUAUAUCUAAAUAAAAUUAAAAAAAAUAAAUCAACAUUUAAAUCAAAACACAGGUACAAGACCCAAUCUUGUUACAUUUUAGUGUGUUUGACACUUGCACACUAAAAUCACCACGCUUUCCCUUUAAGUAGAAACUAAAAUUCCAAAAGCUGAUUUGUUGACCAACAGUCACUGCUUGAAGGUAUGCACAUAUCUGCAUAUGAAAUUAAAGCAUCAAACAUGAUUCCAUUGUUCUUCAUAUAAAAUAGCCUGCUGGUUGUUUCUGUGCAGAAUUACAUAUAGAAAAAUUUUAACUGGUCAUGUGGCUUGAGGGGGAGAAAAAUGAUGGGUAAGGUGCAAGAAAUGUCAACGAUUAAAAUCUUACCAUCUUUUAAGGAAUAGAAUUUUCUCUUUUGCUUUUUAAGGAUGUUUAUCUUACUAGAUCCAAUGUAUGUGGUAUACUUAGAUUUUCAGAAAGCCUUUUAAGGCCCACAUAAGUUAAUUUCAUAAUUAAGCAAAAUUUUGGAAAACAUAUCUAUGCAAAGCUGGUCUCUACCAGCACAACAACCAACACAAUAAUUGUUUACUGAACAUUAUCUAGACGCUAAAAUACAGUACAGUAGUACCAAAGUAUGUUUAUGUAAUGUUUACAUUAUAUUUAUGUGCAAUAAAAUUCAUUUAACAUAUAGCUCACAUCUACUAGCUUUGUUCAUAAACAGAUGGUAAAAUGGCAGCUUUUAUUGGUUUGCCCCAUUAUAUUUUACAACACUUGGUUUUCUGACAGCUUCUCAUGCUUUGCGGAAAUUUUAUUCAAAGUUUUAAAAUCAUGCAAUUUUUAGUUAUUGAAAUGGUAUCUUGGAAAAUUAAACCAUUAAGUUUUCAAGUGUGUGAUUGUUGUUCAUGGGUUCAGAAUUUUUUUGCACAAGAGUAAUUGAACUGACUGGAAGAACCUUUUGAGUUGAUGGUUAGUUUACUAGUGUAUGAUAACUUUUCAGCUGGUAAUAAAAGUUCAAGACAUAUUCUUAAAUGAAAAUGUAUGGUGUCAUGCAACUAUUAAAGUUAUAUACUUUUUGAAAUAGCUGUGGCAACAUGUUCAUGUAACAUGAAUCAUUUAACAAUAAGCUACUUUGCCUUGUAUACCUUUCAGAUCUAAUGUCAAUGAUAUGGACUGGGUAGUUCUAUUGUGCAAUAUUUUGUAUUUGAUGUUGUUCCUGUGCAGAUUUAUAUGUUCUGAUUUAUAACUAUCUUUAGCAUAGUUUCUGACAUUGCAAGUACCACUUUAAGCAUUCUACAAUACCUUUUGAAUAAUACUGCAAGUGACAAACUUCGUGGGGUCUCACGGAGGGUGGGUGCAGAGGUGACCCCACAAAGUCACCUUAGAGGUUGGUUUGUAAGGAAUAUUGUAAAUCUGUAUUUAAAAUUACAAUUUAAUACUGAAAUGUCUAUAGUUUAUUGCAAUAUAUGAUAAAUACCUUGUAGUCUAAAUGAAUAUUGGCCUUAUGGUUUUCCAUAUAAAUUUACUAAUCAUUUAGUACAAAAUGCAUAAAAUUUGAACUAUUUUGAAUAAAAUC